UAUCUUGUUCGCAAUCCGGUGCUCUGGGCAUCAUUUGUGGUCUUCCUGCUGCUAAAUGUCAAAGGGUGGCAAGCACUCUUUUGGGCAUCCCUAAUUCCUGUGAUUAUCAUCUUAGCUGUUGGGACAGAACUUCAAGCAAUUUUGACAAAGAUGGCACUCGAGAUCACCGAAAGGCAUGCUGUUGUCCAGGGAAUGCCGCUGGUACAAGCCUCGGACAAAUACUUUUGGUUCGGUCGACCCCAAUUAGUUCUUCAUCUGAUUCAUUUAGCAUUAUUUCAGAAUGCGUUCCAGAUAACUUAUUUUUUGUGGAUAUUGUACUCCUUUGGGAUGAAUUCUUGCUCUCAUGCUGAUUUCGAGCUUGUCAUAGUAAAACUUGCGUUGGGGGUCGGAGUUCUACUUUUGUGCAGCUACAUCACCCUCCCGCUGUACGCCCUCGUAACUAAGAUGGGGUCCCGCAUGAAAAUGUCCAUCUUUGAUGAGCAAACGUCCAAGGCUCUUAAGAACUGGCAUAUGGCUGCUAAAAAGAGACGAGGAAAUGCAACAAAGUCACCCACUAGAGCCCUGGGUGGAAGUGUAAGCCCGAGUUCAACACUUCAUUCCCCCGGACACUCACUUUGUCGGUUCAAAACUACGGGUCAUUCAACACGUUCUUCGAAUAUCUUUGAAGAUCAUGACUUGUCUGAUCUUGAGGCUGAGCCAUUGAAUCCCGCAUCGAUAGACAAUUUGACAAUAAGAGUGGACCACGAUAAGCGAGCAACCGAAAUAAACGAAAACUACCAUGUAGAAGCAAGAAAUGAAGACGACUUCUCCUUCACGAAGUCCGCCCCGGUAAAGGAAACAUGAAAGAUUG